AUGAGCUCAGUGAGGCUCCACGUCAAAAUCAAACGAGUCUGCGCGAGGAAGAGGCCGCGUGACGCUCUGAAGGCUCACCUGACACCUGUCCGAGGGGGAGGAGGGGGGUCAGCGCCAUGCGCCCCCUGCAGCAGCAUCAUGGCAGAAAGUGCAGCUGUGGAGUUCUGCAGCGACAGUGAGGAUCUGUUUGGGGACUAUGACAGCAUCCUGGAGGACAGCUCCAUCCUGGCACGGCUGGACGAUGCAGAGCAGCGUGAGAGACUGCAAUCAGAGCAGCUGCAGGGCUUCAGGACUCCGCCCCCUUCCACGGACGCCAUGUCCUGCUCCGCCGCCCCACUGAGCGACGAGCUGGAAGACCUACCCCCCAGCCAGCUGCAGUUCCAGGAGCAGAUCCAGGAUCAGGCAAAGAGGAGCCGGCUGCAGGUCGCCAAGGCGACCCCGACGCCUCCCGGCGGGGCCGCUAAGAUCGGGGAACCUGAGGGGGCCAAGAGGCGUGGCGGGGUGAGGAGGAGCAUCGCGGAGCAGCUGAAGGAGGCCAUGCUGGGGAACGCAGCGGCUCCCGCUGCUGCGUCUCGCUCCGAGGCGCUGAAGGAGGCGGUCAUUUCCAGGGAGAUCAGCGAGGCCAUGGAGGCCAUCUCUGCAGAGGCCGCUGACCUGGGGCCCUUCUUCGGCCUCCCCAGCAAAGUCAAAGAGCUGAUGCUGAGGCUGAGAGGAAUCCAGAGGUUAUACGACUGGCAGGAAACGUGUCUGAACCUGGACUGCGUUCAUCAGAGGAAGAACCUCAUCUACUCGCUUCCCACCAGUGGAGGGAAGACCCUGGUGGCAGAGAUCCUCAUCCUCAGGGAGCUGCUGUGCCGCAGGAAGGACUGCUUGUUCAUCCUGCCGUACAUCUCACUGGUGCAGGAGAAGGUGCGCGGCCUGGCCAACUUCGGCCUGGAACUAGACUUCAUGGUGGAGGAAUACGCCGGCAGCAAGGGCCGCUUUCCCCCCGUGAAGAGAAGGAGCAGGAGGUCGCUGUACGUCGCCACCAUCGAGAAGGCCCACAGCCUGGUCAACUCUCUGAUAGAAGGCGGCCGGCUGGAGGACCUGGGCCUGCUGGUGGUCGAUGAGCUCCACAUGCUGGGCGACGGCAGCAGGGGGGCGGUGAUCGAAAUGACUCUGGCCAAAGUUCUGUUCAUGAGUAAAGCCACCCAGAUCGUUGGGAUGAGCGCCACUCUGGGAAACAUCAGGGAUCUGCAGACGUUUCUGGGGGCAGAGAAUUACACCAAUGACUUCAGGCCAGUUCAGCUGAAGGAAUACGUUAAACUGAACGACACCAUCUAUGAGGUCGACCCAAAGGGGGAGAACGGCUUCAGAUUCUCCAGAACGCUCAAUUUUAAAUACUCCAGCUCCAUGCAGAAGAUGGACCCGGAUCACGUCAUCGCUCUGGUGACUGAAGUCAUCCCGCUGCAUUCCUGCUUGGUCUUCUGUCCCACCAAGAAGAACUGCGAGAACGUUGCAGGGAUGAUCUGCAAGUAUCUAAAGGAGCAGUUCCUGCAGCACCGUGAGGAGGAGAAGGCCGCCCUGCUCAGAGAGCUGAAGGACAGCGGGAACGGCUCCAUGUGUCCGGUGCUCAGGAGGACGGUGCCGUACGGCGUGGCCUACCACCACAGCGGGCUGACCUCGGAGGAGAGGAAGCUGAUCGAGGAGGCCUACUCCGGGGGGGUGCUCUGCCUCCUCACCUGCACCUCCACCCUGGCAGCAGGGAUCAACCUCCCGGCCCGAAGGGUCAUCCUGCGCUCACCGUACGUCGGCGUCGACUUCCUGAAGAGGAGUCAGUACAAGCAGAUGGUGGGGCGGGCCGGUCGGGCCGGGAUCGACACCAUCGGGGAGAGCGUCCUCAUCCUGCAGGAGAAGGACAGGAAACUGGUGGGGGAGCUGGUGUGCGCCCCCAUGGAGAACUGUUACAGCAACCUGAUGCAGGACGAAGGGAGGGCCGUCCUCAGCCUGAUCCUCUCCCUGAUUGGACUGAACGUGGCCUCCUCGCUGCAGCAGCUGGACGCCUUCCUGCGGCGGACGCUGCUGUUUGUGCAGCAGCAGCAGCUCUGUGCGGACAGGAGUCUGCAGGAAGUGGUGCGGCAGAGCGUCCACAUCCUGAAGGAGAAGGAGCUCAUCGCCGUCACCGGGACGGACUCGGCUCUGCAGGUCACCAGACUGGGCCGGGCGGCUUAUAAAGGGUCAGUGGAUCUGGCCUACUGUGACGUUCUCUACAGAGACCUGUCCAAAGGUCUGGAGGGGCUGCUACUCAACAGCUACCUGCACCUGGUGUACCUGGUGACCCCCUACGAGCUGGUCCCUCAGUGCAACCCGGACUGGAUGGUCUACUUCAGACAGUUCAGCCUGCUGUCUGCCUCGGAGCAGAAGAUGUCUGCUGCGGUGGGAGUCCCUGAGAGCUUCGUGGCCCGAAAAGCAGCGGGUCAGACGGUGAAGAAGAACCCGGACCUGGUGGCGGUGAAGCGGAUGUAUCUGGCUCUGGUUCUGUUCUCCCUGCUGAAGGAGACCAACGUGUGGAGCGUGGCCGAGCGCUUCCAGCUGAGCCGAGGCUUCGUGCAGACCCUCCUCAGCUCCGCCUCCGCCUUCUGCUCCUGCGUUCUGCACUUCACGGAGGAGCUGGAGGAGCUGUGGCCGUUCAAAGCGCUGCUGACCGAGCUGACCCGACGUCUGAGCUACUGCGUGACGGCCGAGCUCAUCCCCCUGAUGGAGGUGGCCGGGGUUCUGGAGUUCAGAGCAAAGCAGCUGUACGCCGCCGGCUACAAGACGCUGAGCCACCUGGCUAACGCUGACCCGGCCGUUCUCUGCAGAACAAUCCAGAACCUGUACAAGAAGCAGGCGCUCCUGAUGGUGGCCUCCGCCAAGAUGCUGCUGAAUGAGAAGGCUGCAGCUCUGCAGGAGGAGGUGGACGAUCUGCUGACGCUGCCUGCUGACCUGCCGCCGCAGCGGCUUCAACCCAAAGCUGCUGAUUUUUAGAACAGAAGCUCCAUUGAAUCUCUCUGCUGCACCACCUCUGCAGCCCAAGCUGACAAGUCUUCUUUGUUUCCCGUCGGGGCGAGAGAGGGAGAAGCAGCACAUCUGGAUUCAUGACUCUACACCCAGCUCUCCGGUUUCACCUCCACCAUUACCAGCAGGAAAAAGGUUUAUGGAGCAGAGUCCUGCAGACGUUCACGCCUGAUUUAGAGGGUUCAGCUUGUGCAGCUCCUCUCAUUCCUGCAGCCGUGUCAGACAGGCUGAAGGGGAAAGAAAACAUCAACUCUGUCCUCGCUGAAACCACCAUUAUGCUGUGGUGCUGAUCCUCACACCAGCAGCUGUGUGCAUCAGCGAAGGGGGAUUAUAAACAGGCUGGAGUGUUGAAGAUCAGUUACCCUGGGGGGUUAAAGGCAGAGAAAAGCCCAGACGAUCUAAACACCUUAAAUUAAGU